AUGCCAACCCUCCGCAACCCUUUUCGAUCCCACCAGCAAGACAUCGACCCUCCCACCCAAGCUCGACUGACUCGAGCCCGCGUGCGUCGGUCCAAGUCUGCAGCUUUUGUUCUGGACGCAUAUCGUCCACGUGUCUCUGCCGAAAACCAGCCUUUGAUGGCUGCGGAGAAUGGGACUGGUGGUGAUUCGUCCUUUCGUCCUCAAUAUCAAGUGGCCCCAGGCUUUCAACUUCCAGCCUGGGCAGGAAUCCAUGACCCUGAAAAUACUGAACUCACUCACAAGGCCUUUUCCUCAAAUGAGCCACUACCCCCUUUGCGUGGCUCUGGUCGCUUCAAGAGCUUCCUCAACCGACUUCGCACCGGCAAGCCCCGUGGCCGAAAACCUCUUGCAGGCACCUUUACCAUGUCUGAGGCGCCCAACACCAAGCAAGGUUCCUCAAUGGACCCGGGCCAGGAGAUUCUUCUUCCAAAGAGGAUCAGUUCUGCUGAGCUGAGGGCCUGGAAUGAGGAACGUCGACAAGAAGCUUUGCAGAAGGCUUCCUUGGUCAAUUUAGCAACAGACCCCUCCAAGACCCGCCAGCAUCAAUCUCAUCAUAACCCAUCGACCGCACAUGAGAAGCUGGUGGAGAAUCGGCGACCGGAUGUCAUCUCCCCCCUCCCUGGACGAUUCCGGGAAUCGAAGCUCAGUCGAGCCCCUUCAGACCCAUUCUCAGAUGACAAGGCAGUGAGCCUGGAUCAUCCCGCCGAAGCCUCUUCCUUCCACUGUGCCGAACCGACCCUGGAGACGCCAACGUAUGCGAGCCAAAAUCCAUACAAGAGUUUACCGUACCGCAUCGUGGACAACCGGCAGGCAACCUACCCCCAUGGUCCUUCUUCCCUUCACCGGCGCUCCAUUCCAGCCUUCGACAUCGUGCGUGUUCCUACGAUGGACAGCCCUUCUGUAGGUGGGUCUUAUUUGGGUCGGCUUCAGCCCGAAUUGAUGAGAGCGCAGUUGGAGAUGAUGGUCGACAGGCUGAAACUCCCAUUGGCCAUCCCGCCUUGGGCUUCCAUCACCAGUGAGGAGACGAAGACGACUGUUGAAGGCAACAUCAACUUCACUCAAGGGCACCGGCUCCUCAGACGUGUUCGACCGCGCCAGUCAGUCCUCAAACUUAGAGAUCCAGAGGCCCCCGCCCCCGUUCCACGCCUACGACGAACCAGAACAUUCGGAUCCUUUGUUCGUCGAUCCGAGCCCAUGACAUCCCUCCGGGGAAUCUCGCUGGAAAGACUUGCUCUUCUUGGUGGACAUAGCUAUUUCAGUUUGGACCAGAAGUAUGCUCCGGGUGCGAUGAAAUUGCCAGCCGCUAUUGUCGCGCCACUUGCGUUCCUGCAAGAGCUGCCUCCCAGUCCCGAGCUUUCACAGCUUUUCGUUUAUCCGGGAGAUAUGAAAAGAGCGAUUCGUCUGUAUGACUAUUUUGCCAACCAGGUGUUGUCUGCUACCAAGGAUGAGGCACUGAUUGAAUCGACUGUACGCGCAAUUUCUGUGCCCCUGUGGGACCGCAGCGAGCAGUAUCCCGUCCUGAGCGUCGCCUGGACUCUGAAGGCCCUGUUGGCUGGAUUGCCUGGAGGUCUUCUGGGAUCUCGCGCGCUUUAUCAGCUGCUGAAGGAAAUCAACUAUCUUGAAGGCUUCGACGCGGCCGGAUUUCCCCAAAAGAUCCGUACUAGUCUCAUUGCCUUUGCUCUGCCAGGGCUCACCAGUCCGAUGCACCUGGCUUUGAUAUGUGCCAUCUUUGGAAUUUUUACCAAGGUGCUUCGUGAAGAAGUGGCUGCAGCCCAGGUCGCUAGAUUUCCGCCCCGGAGAGUGGUCAGUGUGACCCGAGAAUUUGAAAUGGCCCGCGUCCUCGCACCGCUCCUGACUGGACCUGUGGAGGGUGCUGGGGCUGAGAUGAGGCCGCUCGGGCAGAUUCCUGACUACAACCUCGUGCAGCCCAUGACCAUGGUCGAAGUGGAGCGGGAGAUGGAGCGUGAGCGCGUUGCGGGGAUGCUGCUUGAGCUCUGGUCUGACAUUAGCUCUGAGCUCUCAUUUUUGAGUCACUGGGCUCCGAGUGUGCACUGA